AUGGAAUCACCCGCGUCCGGUUCAGGAGAAUCGCAAACUCAAAGAAGAAGUGUUAUUUGGAUGCAUUUCACCAAUAUAUCGGAAGCUAAUGCAAAGUCUAAUCUUUGUAAAAAUAUUUAUUCGCAUAAAAAUGGAAACAUUGGCAAUUUAAGGAAGCAUUUGAAAACUAAACAUCCGACUCUUUCAUUGGAAGGAGAAAGGGCAAAACGGCGGGUGGAAGACGAAAAUAUGCCUAGGUGCAAAAGGAACUUAGUUUCAGGUAUAGCGAAUGCGAAACAAUCUGACAGAGAAGAUAAUACAAACUUUAGACAGUUCAGAAAUCGGAGCAAGAUAUCAUUUACUGUUUUUGAUGGUUGCGGUACUUCGGUUUUAAGUCUCUCAGAGCCCGAACACACUGUUCUUGGUUAA